AUGGUGUUCUUAAUUCCGAUAGGGAUCUCAUCGUUUCCUGCAGUUGUCCAAAAUAGUUAUCUGCGUCGUUUGGGAAAUUCGUUGUACCUGUUCACGGUACCGACUGUUUCUACAACGCAAUCCACGAAAAAUCGCAUUUCUUAUUCGAAAUAUACCGAUAUUAUGGACAUGCAUUCGAUAGAGCCCUCUAAUGAUCCGUUGCCUAGGUCUUCUUACGUAAUUAUAGUAAAUGACGGGAGUUGGAGGACCGUUAACAAUUCUCAAUCUUGUUCUUCUGCGAAAGAUAGAUCGGUUCUGGCGAUGAGUAUUGUUAUUCAUUUUUUGAAAAGUGAAUGA